AUGACUGCCAGUAGCACUAAUAGUAUUAAAGAGCAGAUUGCAAGACUGAAUAAAAGAAAGCUUGAGCAAGCAAGAGAAAAACUUAAAGAUACAGAUUUAGCAAAGGACAAAGAAAAAGAGGAAAAGACAAAGAACGAAUUACAAGGAUUAGAGAAAAAGAAAGCUCCUAAGAAUGUGGACACACUGAGUCAUGCAGGAUUUACCAGAACAAUUAUCAAUGCUCCAAAGAAAACGGAGGAAAAUUUAACUGAAGAUGAAAAGGCUGAAAGAUCUCAAGCUUUUAUGGAUAAGUACAAGAAAGAAAUAGAACAUUAUGGAAUGUUGUAUGAUUACAAUGACAGUGAAGACUAUCUGCGUAAAAAUCCUCAUUUGGCUUGUGACGACACGGCUAACUACCUGGCUCUUUGGUGCAUCAACCUGGAAGUGCAAGAGAAACAUUCUUUGGUGGAGCGAGUUGCACAUCAGACUAUCAUCAUGCAAUACAUACUGGAGUUGGCCAAGUCACUAGAUGCCAGACCUCAGGCCACCAUUCACUCCUUCUUUACAAAGAUGAAGAAAGCUAAAACAGACUUCAAAGAAUACAUGGACGCGUUUGAAGAUGAACUUCAAUCAUUCCUGCAGAGAGUCAAGGAAAGAGCUCAGGCCAGGAUCGAUAAAGCUAUGAAGGAAGCGGAGGAGGAAGAACGACAAAAGAGACUGGGCCCGGGCGGUUUGGAUCCUGUGGAAGUAUUUGAAUCGCUACCACCGGAACUUCAGAAGUGUUUUGAAGAAAAAGAUAUUCCCAUGCUUCAAGAAGUUCUUGGCAGGAUGCCCGAAGAAGAAGCAAGGGGCUACUUGAAGAAAUGCAUUGAUUCUGGUCUGUGGAUUCCCAAUGCACAGGAUGCGCAAGCGCAGGCCAAGGGAGGAGACAGUACGUCCCAAGAAGAGACGUCGGACGAAGAGCAGUACGAGCGUGUUGCAGAAGAAGUGGACAAAUGAAAUCAUAUGGAGAGUUUGAUGAUUAACGGCGGAUUUAUGCUUUACAUAACAGAAUUUUAAUUCUAAAAACUACAAAAGAAUGUAAAUUAUCAUAUAACUGUGCGAUAGUCUCGUGCUUGUAUGAUAAAAGGGGUAUAGCUGUGUUCAUUUAAAAUAAUGGCGGUCUUGAAAGGUUUUAAAUUUGCACUGUUAAACUGAUAGACUCGUUUUUUAAGUCCCUGCUUGCAACAACUAAAGAGAUGGGAGACAGAAUCUUCCCAAGGCCUGGUUCCCAAGAUUCUGAUGCAGGCAAAUCCUUCCCAUAAUCUAACGAGAAAAGGAACUUACUGAAAACUGUAUCAAACAGAGUAGUACGAAACAGGGGAGUUAUGCUAUGAACUAUGCCUACUCAACAUUUGUGACUGACCCAUUAUCCGCUAUGCUUCUCUAUUAUUCAACCGUCAUUUGAAGAUUAGGAGAUAGCAUUUUUAUGGUUUGGGUAAAGCUACUUACUUAUUGGAAUACUUAGUGCCAAACUGACAGCCAAGAAAAUGAAUUUGCACAAGUCUUAAGAAAUCUCCUGAUAGCUGAUAUCAAUAAAAUUCUGAUUUGUUGUCAUAAUGUAAUAUUCUGCUCUGCGUUUUUAUUGUGAGGUCUGUAGAUCAAUCUGAUGGAGUUUGAACUCUGGCCGCGGUCUUAUGCCUUUUGCUCUAGAAAUUACUCCACAGAGCUCUAUUAUCAACUGAUCAUGAAAUUGACUUAAGAUAAUAUUUCAAACACGAAAGACCGUGUUUGACCACAUUUCCAAACACAGAGAAGAGAGUUGAAACUGCGACG